AGAGGAAAAUGAGCACUAAGUUUGUAUGAAGAAGCAGUCGUCCACUAUCCUCUUAAUUUAUAACAACGUGGUGGAUACUAAACUUGUAUUAAAUAAGUCAGAACUAUCCGGCCCAAGGCGAGUUUCAUAAUCGGCAACUUGCGGCGGCGAGUAACACUUGAAUAAGUAUCGUUGGCGAUUUAUGUAGGUCGUGUCCCAGCGAUUCAAUAUCCAUUCAAAAUACUCACUUAACAGACGUGUACUAAAUGUUUUAGCGACAUUUAUUCAGUUAUUCAAGCGUCGCCUUAUAACCAUAUGUAAAUAUUACGUCAAUACAAUAGUGACAAUGGCACUGCAUUAUCAUUCCAUACUAAUAGUUUUUAUCAAGCCGGCGACGAAUAAGUUUGUUUUUGUAUGUACGAUUUAAUCGCACAGAUAACGGUGUUAUCAUCAGUAGCGCGGCAACCAGUCGCCGGCCGGACGUGUCGCUGUAUUAUAUUAACAAAAUGUUAAGAAUACUGAGAGGAGCUCAGCGUUUGAGCGGACAAUGCCGCCACUACAGCCAAGCCACGAUUAUAGGCAGCGAGCCGAACAGAAGCGACCCUACGUACUUAGAAAAUAAGGCGACAAUGGACGAGCUCGUUGCUGAGCUCCGCCAAAAAACAAGUGACGUUAUACGCGGCGGGUCGGAGGACGCCGUGAAAAGGCACACCGACCGGGGCAAGCUGCUCGUGCGAGACAGAAUAAACCGGCUCGUCGACGAGGGCAGCGAUGUACUCGAAUUGAGCACGCUAGCGGCCACCGACAUGUACAAGAAUCAGGUCCCUGGAGCUGGCAUCGUUACAGCGAUCGGCAAAGUUCACGGCCAAGAAUGCGUGAUAGUUGCGAACGACUCCACUGUCAAAGGAGGCACGUAUUUCCCGAUGACGAUCAAGAAACAUUUGCGCGCGCAAGCGAUUGCGCAAGAGUGCCGGCUUCCGUGCAUUUACCUCGUCGACUCCGGAGGCGCUCACUUACCGGAUCAGGCUGACGUCUUCCCUGACAGGGAGCACUUCGGACGGAUAUUCUAUAAUCAGGCCAAUAUGUCUGCCGAGGGCAUACCUCAGAUAGCUGUCGUUAUGGGCUCGUGCACGGCCGGCGGCGCGUACAUUCCUAGCAUGUCAGAUGAGAGCAUUAUUGUAAAAAAUCAGGGUACGAUUUUCUUGGCUGGCCCACCUUUAGUAAAGGCAGCUACGGGGGAAGUAGUCACCGCAGAAGAAUUAGGAGGUGCUGAUCUUCAUUGCCGGCAAUCCGGUGUGACAGAUCAUUACGCUCAAAACGACGAACAUGCUCUGUUGUUAGCUAGAAACGUAGUUGCUAACUUAAAUAGUAAUGCUGACCGUGUGGUACGAGUGAAAACUCCUCAGGUAGAAGAACCAAAGUUUGACAUUGAGGAUCUGCACGGGAUCGUAAACGCGAAUAUACAAAGACCUUACGAUGUCCGAGAAGUAAUAGCGAGAAUCGUCGAUGGCAGUAGAUUCCAUGAAUUCAAAGAGUUAUAUGGUGAUACUUUAGUGUGUGGGUUCGCAUUUAUUUACGGGCAUCCUGUUGGUGUGAUAGGAAAUAAUGGAGUGCUGUUGUCCGAGUCUGCGCUGAAGGGUGCCCACUUUAUACAGCUGUGUGCAGCGAGGAAGAUACCUUUGUUGUUCCUGCAGAACAUCACCGGUUUCAACGUCGGUCGCGAAGCUGAAGCAGGUGGCAUUGCCAAGAAUGGUGCGAAAAUGGUGACCGCUGUCAGCUGCUUCAAGGGCCCUAAGAUCACUGUUCUUGUGGGUGGUAGCUUCGGUGCAGGCAACUAUGGUAUGUGCGGACGAGCAUACUCCCCAAGCUUCCUUUACAUGUGGCCAAACUCCAGGAUUUCAGUGAUGGGUGGGCCUCAAGCCGCGACCGUUCUGUCGCUAGUUUCUAAAGCCAAAGCAGAGCGAGAAGGUAGGAAGUGGACUGAAGAGGAUGACAGGAAAAUCAGAGCACCAUUAGAAGAAAAGUUUGAAAGGGAAGGCCGGCCAUACUACAGCACUGCCCGUUUAUGGGACGAUGGUAUUGUAGCUCCGAAAGACACUAGAAAAGUUAUAGGACUAAGUUUAUCCGCUGCUUUGAAUGCACCGUUCAGGGAAAGUAAAUUCGGCAUAUUUAGAAUGUAAACUGUGUGUGCUGAGACAAUGAGAGGCUAUCAAAGUGACAUUAAUAUUUAACGGCGUCUCGAACAAUGGGUUCUUUAUAUUAAGCAUUUUUUACUAAAUUUCAAACCUGUUUUUCGUUCUGUCUUGCUUGUUUUGUAAUUUGUUAUAAGAUUUUGCAAGUUGUUCCAGCUAAUCGAGAACAUUUAAAUUGAAAGAUGAUUAUCUUAUUUCCAUGUUUUUUAAAGGGCUAGUUGUGAAUUUGUAUGGUCAAUAAUGAUGCAAAAUGUUUACGAUGAUUUCAUAAUGAUGUAAAUUACUAUACGUUUUCUAUUUAAUCAUAAUUAGGUACAUUUCGUAUCUUAUCAAACGAAUGUCAACUUAACGUGUGGUUGUGAUAAUUUUCUGAUUUAAAACGGGUAUUGUUGAAAAUUAAAGAACUGAUAUUACACUUGAA